CUCACCUUUAUUCAUUGCAGAAGAUGCAUAGAUUUCUUGUGACCUCCCUACUCUUCUCCCUUCUCAACUAUGAUGCCGUCAUGGGCGCAGGAUCAGACGAGGCAGAUUUCUUCCGAAACUGUCCACCAUCCCAAUGCAGCGGUGAUGGACCAAACAUCAGGUUUCCUUUCCGUCUUGAGUCCAGUUCUUCAUCUUGUGGUGCUCCAGGAAUGCAGCUAUCAUGUUCUGGGCAAGAUACUCUUCUACUGCAUCCUGUUCUUGGCCUAUCAAAGGUAACUGGAACAGACUAUAGCUAUGGUUUCAUCAACAUCGUCCCUCUUGCAGAGUCAUGGUCUCAGUGCGCGUUACAGAAGAUAAUUUCUACAAAUUAUUCAACCAGUGUGUACGAACAGUAUGGGUUUCAAUAUGCAAGUCUAGUAAGUUGUUCAGGAGAGUUCUUAUGGAACAUCACAGACAACAUUUUUGGCCCAAUAUCUUGCCUCAGCAAUGCAAGCCAGUCCUUGUACUUGGUAGCUCCCUAUUUGUUUGUGUCAAUUAUCCCAUUAUACUGCAAAGUGAUUUCAACAGAGAUCAUGCUACCCUACACUUCCAAUCAAGGCAGACAGUUCGAUGCAAGUGCAAAAAGAUUCACUGCAUUCUCUGAGUUAACAUUCACUUGGUCAGCUCCUAAUAUCACUGAUGUUUGCAUCAAUUGUGAACAACAACAGCGGCUCUGUGGAUUCAGCUCACAAAGGAGGAUAGCAUUCUGCAAGCCUCAUGGUUCAAAAUCACUUGCCAAAGUUAUCAUAGCAGCAGUAGUACCCACAAUUGUAGUACUUACACUGGUGGUGGCCUCUGCACUCUAUCUUGCUCUUAAAACUAAGAAUGAUGAUGAGAUACAACUGAAGGUUGAAAUGUUUCUCAAGACAUUCGGCACAUCUAAACCGACAAGGUACACGUUCUCUGAAGUGAAGAGGAUUACAAAACGGUUUAAACAUAAACUAGGGACAGGUGGAUUUGGAAGUGUAUAUAAAGGUGAGUUACCAAAAGGAGUACCUGUUGCUGUAAAGAUGCUUGAGAAUUCAAAUGGAGAGGGGGAAGAGUUCAUCAAUGAGGUAGCAACCAUAGGGAGGAUUCAUCAUGUCAAUGUCGUCCGCCUCUUGGGAUUUUGCUCCGAAGGAACAAGGCAUGCUCUUAUUUAUGAAUUCAUGCCUAAUAGUUCGCUAGAGAAAUAUAUAUUCUCACAUUAUUAUGGUAGUUCUCAAGAAACCCUGGUUCCUGACAAGAUGCUUAAAAUUGCACUAGGCAUUGCCCAAGGGAUCGAGUACUUACAUCAAGGGUGCAGCCAGCGCAUCCUCCACUUUGAUAUCAAGCCUCACAACAUCUUGUUAGACCACAGCUUCAACCCAAAGAUUUCAGACUUUGGCCUUGCAAAGCUCUGUGCAAGGGAUCAAAGCAUUGUCACACUAACUGUGGCAAGGGGCACAAUGGGUUACAUAGCACCAGAACUAUACUCUCGAAACUUUGGGGUGGUAUCUUACAAGUCAGAUGUUUACAGUUUUGGCAUGUUGGUGUUGGAAAUGCUUAGUGGAAAGAGGAAUUCAGAUCCAAGGAUCAACAGCAAAAAUGAGGUUUUUGUUCUAGAGUGGAUAUAUGAGACAAUAGUCAGUGCGCAAGAGUCAGAAUUUGCCAAGGAAAUGACAGAGGGAGAACAAGACAAGUUGAGAAAACUGGCCAUUGUGGCAUUAUGGUGUGUUCAGUGGAACCCUGCAAACCGGCCCUCAAUGAGAAAAGUGGUGAACAUGUUAACAGGAAGCUUGCGAAAUCUAAAGAAUCCCCCUAGGCCAUUCGUCUCAUCUCUAGGCUAACAUACACAGAAAAUCUAGUGAGCCAAAUGUAUCAGCAUGUUAAAUACAAGUUGAGCAUGUCAUGAUGUUCAUUUGCCUUCGAGGCUUAGUCUCUGAAAAUUGCAUCCUGAAUGUAAUAUGUAGCUAGAACAAUACUUGAUUUCCAAACCGAUUACUUGUCUUCUGAAUUACAUGGGUUCAAAAUUGUUA